AUGUGUAGCGUUACCAAGGAAACGGUGGAAGCGUGUGGGCAUGGCAACCCGCGGCCGCCGCGCGACAGAGACUCUGCCGUCCGCUGCCUGCCGCCAUGAGUUCCCAGCCGGUGCAAGGGCUGCCCAUCCUGCCGGGCUCGACGUUUCGAGACCCCACGAAAACUGCUUUUCAUCGUUCUCAGACUCUAAGUUAUAAAAAUGGUUUUGCCUUUAAGCAAACUCCAACUGUGGGCAUAGGUGGAACUCGACUUUAUGUAAAUCAGCUGUCCCAAGCUGAACUGGAUGAACUCUCCAACAAGAGACCCACAUUAACGUAUGGUCAACCAAAGCAAGCUCCACCAUCGGAUUUCAUCCCUGCACAUGUGGCUUUUGACAAAAAGGUGCUGAAGUUUGAUGGUUACUUUCAAGAAGAUGUCCCUAUAUCUACAGAAGAGCAUUUCCGCAUCCGUCAAGUGGGCAUAUAUUACUAUCUGGAAGAUGAUAGUAUGUCUGUCAUGGAACCAAUUGUGGAAAACUCUGGGAUGCCUCAGGGCAAACUGAUCAAACGGCAACGCCUACCAAAGAAUGAUUGUGGGGACCAUUAUCACUGGAAAGAUCUGAACCGAGGAAUCAAUAUCACUAUCUAUGGCAAGACUUUCCGGAUAGUUGAUUGCGAUGCAUUCACAGAGACUUUUCUGCAGAGCCAAGGAAUUGAGCUGAAUCCUCCAGAGAAAAUGAUUUUUGACCCUUACACAGAACUCCGUAAUAUGCCUCUGCGCAUGUAUGUCACACCUUCUGACUUCGACCAGCUCAAACAAUUUUUAACCUUUGACAGAAUGGUCCUUCGUUUCUAUGCCAUAUGGGAUGACACAGUGAACAUGUUUGGCGAGAACCGUUGUUUUAUCAUCCACUAUUAUUUGGCGGAUGAUACAGUAGAGGUGCGGGAAGUCCACGAGCGGAAUGAUGGCAGAGAUCCUUUCCCAGUCCUGAUAAGACGCCAGCGCCUGCCCAAAAGGAUUGUGGAAAACAAAGGAACCUUCCCAUCCUGUGUCCUUGAGAUCUCCGAUCAGGAGGUCUUGGAAUGGUUUACAUCUAAAGAUUUUGCUGUUGGCAAAUCUACUACUCUUCUUGGGCGCUCAUUUUUUAUAUACAAUUGUGAUGAAUUCACUCGGCAGUACUAUCAAGAUAAGUUUGGCAUCACUGAUUUCCAGCCAGUCAAUAUAAAGAAACAGCCCCCAGAAGAAAUCAAACAGAUAAUCCCACCUUACAAUGGUUAUGGAUUCCUGGAGGACUCUCUCCAGAACUGCUUCAGCCUGAUUCCACAACCACCUAGGAAAAAUAUUAUUAAGAUGCUAGAGAACGACCGUAAAGUGUUGCGCUAUGCCGUUAGAUUGGAAUCGCCACGUCCUGAGGAUGAGAAGCGUCAAUUUAUCCUCUCUUACUGUCUUGCUACUGACAUGAUCAGUAUCUAUGAACCCCCUGUGCGUAAUUCAGGAAUUAUCGGGGGGAAAUUCCUAGGGAAGACGCGUGUUCCCAAGCCAGGGUCUUCUACAGAAAAUCCUGUUUAUUAUGAACCAUCUGACUUCACAGUUGGAGCUAUGGUGGAAGUAUUUAGUCACAGGUUCAUCAUUGUGGAUGUUGAUGAAUAUGUCAUGAAUUAUAUUGAACACAAUUUGGAGAGCUUCCCAGCAUCUGUUGUGGAGUCUAUGAGGAAUCACUUUGCACCUCGCAAGGCAGCAAAAGAGGCGCUAAAAAAAAUACCUUCACAUGAGUCUUAUACACAGGAACUGGAUGCAUUCAUUAAGCAGAUACAGGAACAUAUGAGGCGACAUAAUUACUUGCCAGAUAGCAACAUGCAUGCAGCCUUCCUUGAGCAAGACAAAAAAGGCUCAGGGCUACUGAACAAAGAAGAGUUCUUUGCUCUCUGUGAUCAUUUUAAAGUGCCUAUUGAUGACCCCAUUUUCCAACAGUUUGUAAAAAUCUUCAGAAGACUAUACAAGAAGCAACUAAACCUGAAGAAGGGACACCCAUCCUGAAACAAGGACAUAGAAUACCCCGGGAACCUUUGUUGUUUUUUGCUGUUGCUUUCUUUGAAUGUACAUUCUGAAGACUCUUUCUUGCUUGGGACUUUGAUAAUUUGUUUAAAGGGUACAACCCUCAUUUAUAAAGAUCAUCAAUUGAGAUGCUUUUUCUACCAAGCUUCAAGACAACACUGAAUACUGAGUUUUAACCUCAGUUUAUGAACUCCUUUAUUUUGGCAAUAUAUAAACAUGAAUGCUAUGUUUGCUAUAAUGCUGUGAAAUAGUUUAUAUAAUGCUGUAAAAUAGUUUAUAUAUGUGCCUUGGUGAUUAUACGUUUGCUACUUCGUUCUAUUAUAUACUGUGUGUAACAGGACAACCUUUCUCUACACUAUAUAUAGGUUUCUGUGUUAUAUUAGUUUUAGAUCUCCCACUGGCCUACACAAGUUUGGGUGCCUCAAAUGUUAGCUGUAUGUGGAUAUAUUUGAUGUAUUGAUUCCAAAAAUGGCACAAGUUUUCUCUUAUCCCUUAUCUAGUUUUUGAGAUAGAGAACAUAUGCCAUCUACCAGUUGCCAUCUGCUUGCCCAUAGAGAAACGUUAUAACCGUAUCUAAGGAAUUAGAGCUGACGCAGUCUAUCUAAUGCAAUUUUCUGAAUCAGUACCCAAAUAACCCUAGGAACAAGCCUAAAAAUCAAGACACCAAGAUUUUUUUUGUUGGGCUGCGCAAUUAAUCUAUGUGGCAGCCACCUCACUUUAGCAGUGUUGCAUUUUUUAGCAAAAGGGAGCAUAUGGGCUUUUCUAUUCUGAGCACCAAAUAACUUGAUCAGCAUUUCUUCUGUGGCUAUGCACCGUCAUUUGGAGAAGAGAAAUGUGCCCUUUGCUCUGGCAGUCAAAUUCUUGGAGUUGGCAUUUGCAGCAGGCAGGACUUUUUAUUAUGAAUGAGCACUCUACAUCUUCUCAGGGAUGUUUUCAAAAUCCCGCUACUAUAAACGUCAGGCAGUGUGAAGAAACAUGAGCUCCACCAGUGUCCAUAUUCAUAGUCUCAAGUGCAGAAUGGAACAGAACUCUGGGCUCUCUUGCAAACUAUCCCUCUAAGCACCCGUUUGCCUCACUCGAGAAACGGAGUGUCCUUUGUAUGUUAUCAAAGAAGCAUCCAUGUGAAAUUAUCUAAAAUACUCUUACCUUUGAUUUCGUUUUGUAGACAAAUACUGACAUGUUUUUUUCUGGCUAAAAUGAUCUCAGAAAGGAGGGCAAUUUAGGGAUUGCACUGAUAAUCUCCAUUCUACAGCCCAUAGCAGUUCUAAAGCUGUUGCUCUUUUUCAGUCAUCCAAACUGAAGAUUAACCACAAUGUCAUAAGGACACAUUUACUGUAGUAACCUUCAAGAAGAAGCCAUGUUUCCUGAAGAGAUUGAUUUUGCCAAUAUCUGAGUGCCUGUGUAAAAGUUCUUGAAUUAACAAUUUUGAUCAUUCUAUGCUUUUUUAUUUCAGAAAAUAUUGUGUCACAGACAGCUUUUAUAAAAACUGGAUUAACAAUAAAAAUCUAUACACAAAAAUACAACCUUGAAUUGUCAGGGGCAGAACUGAAAUAUACCAGGAGGAAAAUUCUGAAAAGAAAAUUCGAUGCCUUUCCUUCCAGGAACCAUCCAGAUUAAAUUUAAAAAUAGUCAAGCAGGUUCCUGAUUCAAAUUUGAACUAUAAUUAGAGACAUUCAUGGCAGCCAUGUACACACACACACACAAUUUUCAGGUAUAUCCCUCCCUGUUGUCAUUUUGCAUAAAAAUGGUAACAGUACUGAAUAUUAACAACAUAUUGAUCUAGCUGUGUUCUCAGAAUAAUGAAGCAUGUUCCUUUGGAAGACACAAAAUCAUUCUCCACAUACAGCCACAGAAAGUUGUUUUUCACCAUUAGCAACAGAGUUAACAACUAAAAGUCAAUCUGUACUGAAAUCCUCACAACUCAUUUUUUAUCCAGCUUCUGCAUUGUUUCAGAAGUGUUCACUAAAUACAUUAAAUUUCAGUGGGCAGGACAGUGAAAGGAAAUUUGCUUUUCUUAACCGUUUUGCUAGAUGAGUAGUUAAACACAAACCACAAAUUAAGCUAUUUUUAAAAUAUCCUGCUGUGGAUAGAUCUAUGUACUGAGUUUCGGAAAGUUUCUCGUUAAACCCAAAAAUGCUGCUACGGAUCUUGAGACACCUAGGACAGGACAGGCAGGAAGGACUACGAGACUCCCUUUCUCCAUACAGAGUAGGCAAUCUUGGAAGAAGAGGAACAUGGGUACGUUCCAAACAUAUAUAUCACCUCCCUCACAGAAACAUGAUCACAUUAAAGAUGAACCAUUCUAUUUCUUCUCUCAUGGUGAGAUUACUCCCAAGACAUCUCAAGCCUUGGCAAGCUUUUAAAUUGGCCAGCCUUAGAGGCCAUUGCAGUACAGCCCUGGUUCAUUUCUAUAUGAACAAGGCUAUGCCUGUUUUCCUCUCCACAUGCAGAAGGAAUCCCCUCUCGGGUGGAAACAAAUGUUACACAACAUUCUGUGAUGCGCCUGGAAAGCUCUUUGCACACACAUGUGCACACAGACAUGCUGCGAUGGCUACGGCAGACUACCUGUGCAGGGGAGCCAGGUUUCAGAAGAUAUUUCCAGAUGCCUGCUCACAAGCUGCCUUCAUUUCUACUGUAAGAAGUCCACAUCUUUUGUGAAAGUGUGAAAGCAGUGGACUUAUGGAAUGCAAUUUUCAAUGGAAAAGUGAAACAAUGGGAGACAUCUUCCCUUCCUUAUAAACUGCAGCCUCCACAAACGCAGAGUGUUUCAAAUAAUUCCACAGCAAAAUCGCAAAACUAGCUAUAACUGUUCUAUCAAUAGCAUUUCCUACUAAAGGACCUCAGAACAGAAAUUAGACUUUUAUGCUCUCUGUGAUUUCAGAAAUGGUUACAUGAAAUUAAAAGCAGGAAACAAACUGAUCUGCAAAGUAAGUGAAAAAUCGUAUGGCUUGUGGUAUUUUGCUAUAACAGAACAAAUACAAAUAUAUCUAGCAGUGUUCCAAUGAGAAGAAAGUAUAUAUUUACCAAGAAGGAUUGACUUACAGUCAAAAAGGCAUAGAAACUGAGGCAAUUCUGUUUAGCAAAGGCUGUCCCUUUUAUAAAAAGCUAAACUAGUGUAUAUAUAUGAAACAUCAAAACAUACAAGAAAGACAUAAAUGAAAGGUAAAAAGGUACUAAAGGCAAUGUAAGGCACUUUCACAAACUGUAAUACACUAUACUGUGGCAUAAUAACCUCGUGCAUGACAAACGUAAUUGAGCUAAUGGAAAACUAAUUUAUUCAGCUUUUAUUGCAAUCCUCUGAAAAGCCUUGGAAGAUGUUAGACUGGUGUUUGCCACAAAGCAGGCAAAAUCCCAUUUGAUAAAUGUGAGUUCAGUCACAGCAGCUCAAGAUCCACAUGAAAUGGGAAGAGCUCCCAAUUUAGAACUGUGAUCUCUGUCUUUGGAAUAGUGUCCAAUUCCCUGUAGCAAAGAGGGUGGCCGAAAGAAAGCAGGAUUGUUUCCAUCAGUAUGCCAAAGAAUCUUGUAGCAUGUUUCAGAUUUAGGCUCCACUUACACUGUCAUAUAAUGCAGACUGAACAGCAUUGGAUUAUAUAAGUCUACACUGCCAUAUAAUCCAGUUUAAUGCAAUUAAUCUGCAUUCUGACAUUGCAAUAUAUGGCAGUGCAGAUGGGACCUAACAGAAAGUAAAGAAGUUUAUAGCAUAAACUUUCACAAAUUUAAGUUUUUCAGUUUCAAAGAUGCUACAAAAUCCCUUCACAUACCGAUUCAGCCUAACAUGCCUAUGUCUUUGGUUUUCAACAGGUUCUACUGACAGAACUGGUUCACUGCUCCAUCAUGCUAACUUGAUCACACCCCACCUGACUUGCAUAGCACCACUCAGUUUAACCCCUUCACUCCUACAUAUAGAAAUUAACACAGAUGAGGUAAAUUUGGGACUCAGCAAGAGCUUAGAGGUGACAGGCACAAUGUGGGAAAAUUUGCUUCAGCUCAAAUAUUCCAAGGAUCUGAAGAGGAAAAUCAGCAUAAUACUUUCCAAAAAGUGCAAGCAGAACUAGAAUGCACAGGAAAAGGGCAAGGAAAGAGCUGCACAUAGUGCCAGAUCAGUCAAAUACAAUAAGCAGUUUAGGCAGCUUUGUUCAUCUCAUAAUGUAGUUAACACUCCCUAAAAAGCUUUAGUGCAGCCCCGUACCUGGGACCCAUCAAGAUGACUUUACUUUACUAGCUACACAUUAUGGUUUAACAGAGUUGUGGCAAUCUAUCAGGUAGGUAUCUCCAGAGAAAAGUAAUUGAUGACUUGUAACACAUGGCUGAUGCACCACAUUAGAUUUUGUGAAUCACAAGUUGUGCUAAGUUUAGGAACGUGAAGGAGGAAUGGAAAGGCAACCUGAAAAUGAAAUCUUUAUCAUUUACUAACAGAUUCCGAUUUUGCUAAAAUGAUUUAAAACCUGUAAAACAGGUACUUCUCAUUGACCUGAGGUGGUUGUUUUGCAUCAGCCACAAGGCUAACUUUCAGUAAAAUGAAGUAUUCACUACUGUGAAUGAACAGUCUCAACAGUCCAUAGCCCUGUUCCAUCGUGAAAAACAAAAUGUCCUUAAUGUGUAUCAAUCAGAAAGAACUGUUGUUGUGUCAAGAAAGAAGAGCUCUAAAGAAAACAAUUAUCUAUUAAAGGGUAUGGCCAAAAAGAGAGGGGAAAAAUGAUGUCCUUUCUUUGUGAUUAUCUAAAAUUCAGGGGAGCCUCACAAAGAAAAAUUUCAUAAUGUACCCAGUUGCAUUUGAUCUCAAGGUGGCCCUUAGGACAAUCAUAGUACUCAGACCUAAAUCUCCUGAAUGAACCUCAGCUGUCUAAGGAUAUGCCUUUUAAAAAAGGAACCAGUGUAGCAGUACAAAUAACCCAUUAUUCCUGUGUAAGGGACCAAUUCUCUUUCUUUUUCCUGUGUCACUUCUAAUUCUGUUUUAAGAACAAGAAGCAAUGUGAAAAAAAAUUCAGAAAGCAGUGGCCUUUGAGGUAGAGUUCAUAUUUAACACUAAUCACCACCUUUUAGGAAAAGAUGGCCUAAUAGCUGGAGAAAUCCCCCCCUUAUUCAAUAAUUUCCCUCUUAUCACAUUCAUAAUUCAGGCAAAUUAGUAGGAAACAGUCCAUGUAAGUCUCAUUAGCAGGGGAAGAAUAUUGUUGACAGCCUCAGAUCAUCUUAGGCAAAACUUAUGAAGAGGGAGAUGUGGAAACAAUAAAAGCCAAAGGUUGCAAUCCAAAGGGCAAUUGCUAGGAUGGAAAUCCAUUUGAAUAUAUUGGGGCAUACCUCUGAGUAAAUAUGCAAAGGGUCGCACUACCUGCGUAACAAUAUUGCUAUCCUGUGUUCAGUUGGUCUCAGGCAUGCAAAUCACACCACCACCAUGUUGAAGAACACUGCUACUUAGGAAUAAAUGUUUUAGGGAAGCUGUCCCCAUAUUCAAUAAAAAAGUCAGAGGCUAUACAUAAAGACUUAUGUAGAGUAUGAGCCCAGUCCAUGGGAGAAUACAUUUCUGAACUUAUUGUGGAAAUAAGAAACUGGAUAAUAGAAACCCUACUGAAAUUGACAUCUUAGUUACCACAUAGGCACCCUGAAGGACCUAAGACAUUCUAGGAAUUUGUUAGGUGUUCCAAGACAACCCCAUGAUAGCCUCCAUUAGAAGCAUACCAUAGAAUCACCUGGAGGACCCAGAGAGGACACAUUUGUCAGAUGUAGGUAGGUUAAACUGUGGGUAAAGGUGCAGAGACCAUACUAUAUUGCCUGAAUGGCUUUGAGUGAAUGAUGACACUGCUCCCUUCACUAAGGCACUGUAGGUUAAGCAAAAUUAUCUGAGGGAGUUGAGAUGGAAAGUGCUCCACACAGAUACUAAGAAGUUAGGCAGGCAGAUCACCAUUUUGGUGUUUUAAGGGGAUUUCCAUUCUUGCUAAGAUAUUAGCAAAUCUAUUUGAAAGAAGAGGUUUACAUCUGCCUAACUUUCCAGAAUUCAACAGAAGUCACAGGUUAAUGUUUCACCCUCUGAAAUAUGCACUAUACGGUUUUCUCUCUGUUGGUAGAACCUGCAACACUGUAAGUAUUUGCUCUGUCUCCAGUAUAAAGUGUUGCUAGAUGAAGAGUGGCUGGAGUAAGGAAUAGAUUUCUGGAGAAAAGAAAUGCCUGUCAAACGUGUCCAAGUGAAGGAAAACAAAGGAAGAAAGCAUGUUGAAGAAGGAUAGAGAAAAGAUACACAAUAAGGUAAUACACCAGGCAGUGUGUUUGGUGUUCUUAAACCCCAAUAUAAAAGAA